GAGUCACGGGCGCCAGCCAGGAGCAGCGCCUCGUCUGCCAAUCCUGGCACCUGUGCGCCAAGCCGCGGCAUCGCGGAGGACCCCGCUCCGGGCCAACCGUGGGCUCCGAGCCACGACCACCCGGCUUCUGGGCCAGCGCGACCUGCAGCCGCCCACCCCGACCCCUGCCGCCACCCACUGCUGCAGGAGCGCACAACCCCAACCAGUGUUUGCUGUGCCCGGGGCCACGGGGACACUCGCCCCUUCAGAGGCGGCGUGGCCGGCCCGAGCAGAAGCCGAGUUGGGUACACGAUUCGCCCGCGCUGCCGUUCUCUUCUCCGCCCAGGAUUUAUUGUCUGUGGAGCCUUCUGGGGGCGGGGAGGGAGCUGCGCCUCCGCCGCCGCCGCCGCCGCCGCCGCCGCCGCCGCCACUGCCACUGCUGCUGCUACGGUUGCUAGCGCGGCGCGCUGGGCGGGCGGAGGCAGGGGACUGGCCGUGCUGGUGCUCCUGGCGGGCUCCCGGCUCCCCCCUGGCACCUCUCCAGCCGUGCACCUGAAGGGCAGUGGCAUCAUGGUCUGACGCGGCAUCUGCCCGGAGUCCCCUCUGCCUUAGCUUUGGAGGACUCCCAUACCGGCUUCACUGCGGACCCCAGAGCACUUUAAGGAGUAAUCCUCGGCAGCUGCAAGGCCUUCUUCACUCCCUGGACCCUCAUGGGUAGUUUCUGCCUCUGGCGAUGAUGGAGAGCCUAAUACGGGGAAGGAAUCCCCCACAAUAUCAGCGAAGUCCCUGUAAGGAGGCUCGUGCUGCACUUCGGAAGAGGCCUGAAGAGGAGUGAGCCCGCUACAUGAAAAGAAUGCAAGUCAAAGUGCCCACAGCCUAGACGUCUUCAGAGACAGGAGUGACUAGCAAUGCAGUGCCUGGAGAUGACCACCAAACGGAAGCUCAUUGGCCGCCUGGUGCCAUGCCGCUGCUUCCGCGGCGAGGAAGAGAUCAUCUCAGUGUUGGAUUACUCCCACUGCAGCCUGCAACAGGUGCCCAAGGAGGUCUUCAACUUCGAACGCACGCUAGAGGAGCUCUAUCUAGAUGCCAAUCAGAUUGAGGAGCUGCCCAAGCAAUUGUUCAACUGUCAAGCUCUGCGGAAAUUAAGCAUUCCUGACAAUGACCUCUCAAGUCUGCCGACCUCUAUUGCCAGCCUAGUUAAUCUGAAAGAACUCGACAUCAGUAAAAACGGUGUACAAGAAUUUCCAGAAAACAUAAAGUGCUGUAAGUGUUUAACCAUUAUUGAAGCCAGUGUCAAUCCCAUUUCUAAACUACCCGAUGGCUUCACACAGCUUCUUAACCUGACCCAGCUCUACCUGAAUGAUGCCUUCCUUGAAUUUCUUCCAGCUAAUUUUGGAAGACUUGUCAAAUUGAGGAUCUUGGAGUUAAGAGAAAAUCACUUGAAAACUCUACCAAAGUCAAUGCACAAACUGGCCCAGCUGGAGAGACUUGACCUAGGCAAUAAUGAAUUCAGUGAGCUGCCUGAAGUUCUGGAUCAAAUACAGAAUUUGAGGGAGCUAUGGAUGGAUAACAAUGCAUUGCAAGUGCUGCCUGGGUCUAUAGGGAAGUUAAAGAUGCUGGUAUACCUGGACAUGUCAAAAAACAGGAUAGAAACAGUUGACAUGGAUAUUUCUGGAUGUGAAGCCCUUGAGGACCUCUUACUAUCAUCCAAUAUGUUGCAACAGCUGCCUGACUCAAUAGGACUGCUGAAAAAGCUAACAACUCUAAAAGUAGAUGACAAUCAACUCACUAUGCUACCCAAUACAAUCGGAAACUUGUCUUUGUUAGAAGAAUUUGACUGCAGCUGCAAUGAGCUGGAAUCCCUUCCUUCUACCAUUGGCUACCUGCACAGCCUGAGAACCUUAGCAGUCGAUGAGAAUUUCCUCCCAGAGUUGCCCAGAGAAAUUGGCAGCUGUAAGAAUGUCACUGUUAUGUCUCUACGCUCCAAUAAACUAGAAUUUCUUCCUGAAGAAAUUGGACAGAUGCAGAGGCUGCGAGUCUUAAAUCUGAGUGAUAACAGGUUGAAGAAUUUACCAUUCUCGUUCACCAAGCUCAAAGAGCUUGCAGCAUUGUGGCUUUCUGACAAUCAGUCCAAGGCCCUUAUCCCUCUACAAACAGAAGCCCACCCGGAAACCAAGCAAAGGGUACUGACAAACUACAUGUUUCCCCAGCAACCCCGUGGUGAUGAAGAUUUCCAGUCAGACAGCGACAGCUUCAACCCCACGCUGUGGGAGGAGCAGAGACAGCAGCGCAUGACUGUUGCCUUUGAAUUUGAGGAUAAAAAAGAAGAUGACGAAGGUGCUGGGAAAGUUAAGGCUCUCUCCUGCCAAGCCCCCUGGGACAGGGGCCAGCGUGGGAUUACUCUCCAACCUGCCAGGCUGUCUGGCGAUUGCUGCACACCAUGGGCCAGGUGUGAUCAGCAGAUCCAAGAUAUGCCCGUCCCCCAGAGUGACCCCCAGCUGGCAUGGGGUUGUAUAAGUGGCCUCCAGCAGGACAGGAGCCUGUGUGCUCCAUUGCCAGUGGCAGCACAGUCCACCACUCUUCCCUCUCUAAGUGGCAGACAGGUUGAAAUAAACCUAAAACGAUAUCCAACUCCUUACCCAGAGGAUUUAAAGAAUAUGGUAAAAUCUGUUCAAAAUAUGGUGGGUAAGCCAAGCCAUGGAGUGCGAGUUGAGAACUCAAAUCCAACAGCUAACACGGAGCAAACUGUGAAAGAAAAGUUUGAACACAAGUGGCCGGUGGCCCCAAAGGAGAUUACAGUGGAGGAUUCUUUUGUUCAUCCAGCUAAUGAAAUGAGGAUUGGGGAACUUCACCCUUCAUUAGCUGAGACCCCUCUGUACCCACCCAAACUUGUUCUGCUAGGGAAGGACAAAAAAGAGUCAACUGAUGAGUCUGAAGUUGACAAAACUCACUGUCUGAACAACAGUGUCUCCUCAGGCACCUACUCAGACUACUCACCCUCCCAGGCUUCCUCGGGGUCCUCCAACACCCGCGUAAAAGUGGGGUCCUUGCAGACAACAGCUAAAGACGCGGUCCAUAACUCUUUGUGGGGUAACAGGAUUGCGCCACCUUUCCCACAGCCUCUGGAUGCAAAGCCAUUACUCAGCCAACGGGAGGCUGUUCCUCCAGGGAAUCUCCCCCAGCGUCCUGAUCGGCUGCCAAUGAGCGACGCUUUCCCUGACAACUGGACCGAUGGCUCCCAUUAUGAUAACACAGGUUUUGUCUCAGAGGAAGCCUCAGCUGAGAAUGCCAACAAUAACCCUCUCUUAAGCGCCAAGGCUAGAAGCAUACCUGCUCAUGGCCGCAGGCCUUUAAUCAGGCAAGACAGGAUUGUCGGUGUUCCCCUGGAACUGGAGCAGUCCACACACAGACACACGCCAGAAACAGAAGUGCCUCCUCCCAAUCCCUGGCAGAAUUGGACCAGAACUCCCAGUCCAUUUGAAGACAGGACUGCUUUUCCUUCCAAAUUAGAAACAACCCCUACUACCAGCCCCUUGCCUGAAAGAAAAGACCACAUGAAGGAGCCUACGGAGACACCAGGUCCCUUUUCUCCAGGAGUGCCAUGGGAGUAUCAUGACCCCACCCCCAACAGGAGUCUCGGUAAUGUCUUUUCUCAAAUCCACUGCCGCCCAGACUCAUCUAAAGGUGUCAUUGCGAUCAGCAAAAGCACAGAGAGACUCUCCCCACUCAUGAAGGACAUAAAGUCCAACAAAUUCAAAAAGUCUCAGAGUAUUGAUGAGAUUGACAUUGGCACCUACAAGGUUUAUAACAUCCCACUAGAAAACUACGCCUCUGGGAGCGAUCACUUAGGGAGCCACGAGCGGUCAGACAAGUUGUUGGGACCGGAGCACGGCAUGUCCAGUAUGUCCAGGAGCCAGUCGGUACCCAUGCUGGAUGACGAGAUGCUCAUGUAUGGAAGUAGUAAAGGACCACCCCAACAAAAAGCAUCGAUGACUAAGAAGGUCUAUCAGUUUGACCAAAGCUUCAACCCACAAGGGGCGGUGGAAGUUAAAGCGGAGAAGAGGAUUCCACCCCCUUUUGCACACAAUUCUGAAUACGUGCAGCAGCCUGGCAAAAACAUCGCCAAGGAUCUGGUCAGCCCCAGAGCCUAUAGAGGAUACCCACCCAUGGAGCAGAUGUUCUCCUUUUCCCAGCCAUCCGUAAAUGAGGACGCCAUAGUGAAUGCUCAGUUCGCCAGCCAGGGGCCCAGGGCAGGCUUCCUAAGGAGGGCUGACUCCCUGGCCAGCUCCACUGAAAUGGCCAUGUUCAGAAGAGUCAGCGAGCCUCACGAGCUGACCCCUGGUGACAGGUAUGGCCGAGCAGCCUACAGGGGAGGGCUGGAAGGCCAGAGCAGCGUCUCAAUGACUGAUCCCCAGUUCCUCAAGAGGAACGGCAGGUACGAAGAUGAGCACCCUUCAUAUCAAGAAGUGAAAGCCCAGGCGGGAAAUUUCCCCGCUAAAAACCUUACCCAGAGGAGGCCGCUGUCGGCCAGGAGCUACAGCACAGAGAGUUACGGAGCCUCCCAAACCAGGCCAGUUUCAGCUAGGCCUACCAUGGCAGCCCUCCUGGAGAAAAUACCCUCUGACUAUAACCUGGGUAACUAUGGUGACAAGCCUUCAGAUAACAGUGAUAUAAAGACAAGGCCCACCCCUGUGAAGGGAGAGGAGAGCUGUGGCAAAAUGCCGGCAGACUGGAGACAGCAGCUGCUUAGACAUAUAGAAGCUAGAAGGUUAGACAGGAACGCUGCUUACAAACACAACACAGUUAACCUUGGCAUGCUGCCCUAUGGAGGUAUCUCAGCAAUGCAUGCAGACAGAAGCAUGACUUUAAACUUGCAGACUAAGUCUAAAUUUGACCUUCAAGACCUACCUCUUCAGAAAACCCCGUCCCAGCAAAGCAACAUUUUAGACAAUGGACAAGAAGAUGUCUCUCCUAGUGGCCAAUGGAAUCCUUACCCACUUGGGAGGCGGGAUGUACCUCCGGACACCAUUGCUAAAAAGGCAGGCAGCCACAUUCAGACCCUGAUGGGGUCACAGAGCCUUCAACACCGCAGCCGGGAGCAGCAGCCAUAUGAGGGGAACGUCAACAAAGUGACCAUCCAACAGUUCCAGUCGCCAUUGCCCAUCCAGAUCCCUUCAUCACAGGCCACCCGGGGACCUCAGCCUGGACGGUGCUUAAUUCAAACGAAAGGGCAGAGGAGUAUGGAUGGCUAUCCCGAGCAGUUCUGUGUGAGAAUAGAAAAGAAUCCUGGGCUUGGAUUUAGUAUCAGCGGUGGAAUUAGUGGGCAAGGAAAUCCUUUCAAACCUUCCGACAAGGGUAUCUUUGUUACUAGGGUUCAGCCUGAUGGACCAGCAUCCAACCUACUACAGCCCGGGGAUAAGAUCCUUCAGGCAAAUGGACACAGUUUUGUGCACAUGGAACACGAAAAAGCUGUUUUACUGCUGAAGAGCUUCCAGAACACAGUAGACCUAGUUAUUCAACGUGAGCUCACUGUCUAAAUGUUUUUAUAAAUAGUGAAGAUAUGUCAGGCCAGAGCUAAUGUUCAAAAAUAAAUUUAUACAUAGAAACAAAUUUUGCCAGUUGCUGGACCAAUGGCAAACAUCAGUGCCAGGUGUAUAAUAUUGUACGUUAGCCUUGACCACCCUGAAAAAUGUUACCUAUAAACACGGCGUUAGUGCGCGGUUAUCAGUUCCAGCAGCAGCCCCUGGCUGUGCAUUGGUGCGGUUUUGUUUCUGUUUUUUGUUUUUUUUAAUCAAAUAAGUUGUCUUCUCAAAGUGGAUUUCCUAUCAUUUCGGAGCACGGAAGCACACACAAGCUCUUUAAAAAUUCUGCUCUCCAUCAGAAAUACUGCCUCAAAAGUUGUAUAUAAAGAGUUGUAACCCCCAUAAAGUAUUUCUAGCACAAGGUAUAUGUUGGCAUAUAUACAAAAAAAAAGAAUAUAGAAAAACGAUAUUUUCGUAAACAUCUUGGAUUGAGAAAGAAAAUAUAUCUUAAAAAUAAGACUUUACUAUAUUGAAUCUUUUUCAAUAAAAAAAAUUACAUGAUUACGCCUUAUGGAAGCAACUGUACAUAAAGUAUAAAGUAUUUAUAUUUGGUUCCACAGCCAUUUGCUAAAUUCCCAUAGCAGAGUGAAAUAGUUCGUAAAUUAUCCAUUAAUCUCUGGGACCUGAGUAACAACCGGAGAAGGUAAAUCUGUUCAAUGCCUUUAGCUAAUUAAAAGGACCACAGGCUGCUGCGGACCAGGCUUCUUCACCAACCAGAAGCAGUGAGUGGCGGUGGCAAGGAAGCCUCAAUGCUUUCCUGUUCUGUUUCCUUGGGGUUAUAUUGACUCUAAACUGUGGCCCCUGUGAUUCCCUUACUGUAAAUGUGGAACCUAUCUGUGUGCUGCUUUUAUUUAAUUUGCUACUUCUGAAUCAUUUUCAGUGAACUUUGGGAAUUGAUAACAUUUAUUAUGCAGAGAGAGAGACUUGUUAGAAAGCUAUGGAGGGUGAUUUCAAGACUUUGGUAUUGAAAUAUGAAACUUCAGAUAUAAUUUCUCAGAGCUGUGGUCUACUAGUAUCAUUCAUCUUAAUGCCUGGUUUUUUUUUUGUGGACAGAAGUAUACAAAAAAAUUUUCUUCUCAAAAAAGUUUCAAGAAACAUAAAUAUAAAUGCAGUUAUACCAGAGAGUGAAAAAACCUUGCUAAUGCACUUUUACAUUGUGUUUCCCUUUGUGAAAAAUCAAAAUAUGUUUUAUAAUCCUUUAAAAUAUUUCUCUUUACGGUAGUCAUUGACCUGAUCUGAUUAAAUAUUAAUUUGGAAUUUCAGAUCAACUUUCCGUGACUAGUUGUAUCCAUCCCCUCCCUAUCUACAUUACUUUUUUAUAUAGCAAAUUUAUCUCACAUGCUAGUGUUUGAAAUGUUCUAUGAAAUUUUACAGUAGAGUCACACUUGGAUGUUACCAGAGCUCUGAGGAUAAUAUUUGUAAGUUUGUGUUUUAUGGGGAACAUUGAAAAUAUUGUAUUUUUGUAGGAUCUAUUAAAAUGAGUGCCACUUA